CUCAUGAGAGAGAGAGAGAGAGAUGAGUUUUGUGAGUUACAUUGCACAAUGGAGAAGCGUAGCGAAGAAAGUGUUGGAUCGCACAGGCAAAGCCGUGAAGUUCAUAUCCGGUGUUCACUUCACUUACUACUACCUCUUCUCCCCAGGAUAUGGGGAUAGCAUGCUCCCCACCUUCACUUCCGGCGACGUCGUUCUCGUUGAAAAAAUCUCUCCGAGAGUCGGGAACCUCCGUCAUGGAGACGUGGUUUCUCUUUUGUCCCAUUUGGAUCCUAAUAAGCACCUUGGGAAGCGCAUCGUGGCCAUGGAAGGGGACACUGUCACUUACUUUGAUCCUUUGCACGCUGAUGCUACUAAAACUGUAGUGGUGCCAAAGGGGCAUGUUUGGAUUGAAGGUGAUAACACACGAGAAUCCUUUGAUUCACGGGCUUUUGGUCCUGUUCCAUAUGGUCUUAUAAAUGGAAAAUAUUUUUUACGGGUUUGGCCACUCAACAGCUUUGGACUGGUAGAAAAAAAAAGAUAUUUUAAAUAAGUGCUUAUGGUCAGUCAUCCUGUGAAAUGUAUUAAAUUGUACUUGUAUGGAGCUUCAGUGAUUUUCAUGAAGGUGGCUGUUUGCAAGGGAAACAUCUGUAGAAGGAGCAUGGUCCCUAUUGGCAACAUAGGGCACAUGUUGUGGGAUGUGAAUAAUGUGCUGUAAAAGAACAGGGCGAGCACUUAUAUGCACAAUAAUUGGUUAGGAAUCAAGCAUUUUACUCAUUGUUGUUUUAUAUAAUAAAAUUAUAUGCAGGGUAGGCAUUUUUUGUUUUUCCUUUUCCCAGUAUCAAUUCAUACCCUGAAAAUUAUAGACUUGAGAUUCAAAGAAGUACUUAAUCUAUUUUUGUCUUUCAGUAAGAUUAUUUCAUUUGUCAGGCUGAAUGUUGUUUAUAUGAUUUAAGAUCAUAUUGAUUUGUAGCGGCGAAUGUA